AGCUCAAACAUACACCAUCCUCCAAUUAGAAUGUAGGUCCGCUGCUUGGAAGCGCGCUCGCCGGUCAUGAGCGAGCUCCUGGGCAUGUCGCUGGUGGUGCUGGCCUCCAGCUGUGGCGUGGUGGCUCACGCGCUUAUCAAGCUGCUGAGAGGGGUGCCUAUCGUCAACGUGAUGAUGGGCCGCUUCGCUCUGGAGUCUCUGGUGCUAGGGCUCCUCCUGCUCGCCUGGCGCUGCCAGGGUCAGGAGCUUCAGCUUUGGCCAAAGGGCCAAAGGCACCUCUACGUGCUGAAGUCGCUGUGUUUCGUGGGUGCCCUGUGGUCUGGCUGGCGGAGCAUGCAGGAGCUGCCGCUGGGCAUCGCCACAGGCAUCAUCUACUGCUACCCGGUGCUUGCCGGGCUGUUCGCUAGCAUCUUCUUGCAGGAGCGCUUGACUUGGACAUUUGCUGUUCAAGCAGCUGUUUGCCUGCUGGGCGCGGCGAUGAUCCUGCCCAGGCCUUUUGAGGCUGAUGUCGAGGGGCACAACGUCUUGAAGGGCGUCCUGGCGGCCGGGCUGAGUGCUUUGUUGCACGCGGUCGCCCCCUGCAUCGUGCGCUCCAUCGAGGAUGUCAAGCCAUGGUCCCUGCAGCUUUGCCAAGCCUCAUUCGCCUUAAUCGUUUCGGUGCCAUUGUGCGCCACUCUGGCGCGGCCAGUGCCUGAGGAUUGGACACCUGAGAUGCUGGGCUACUUGUUGGCGGCCACGCUGGCGGGGCUCAGUUGCAGCUUGAUGGUGACAAAGGGCACGCUCUUGACCUACUGGGAGAUUCCCUUGUCCUUCUCUGUGCAGGUGUACUACUUUCGCCAGGUGCCGCAGGUGCGGCAGUUGCUGGGAGCCUGCCACUUGCCUCCGCUUUGGCCUGGAGCUUUCCAAGGCAAAGGACGAGGAGGCUGCGGAGGAAAAAACGCCGAUGCUGCGGAAGUGAGUGCUCUUGACUCACUGGGCAUGGCAUUCUUCGGCUUCCGGGAAUUGCCGCUGGGAAAUUGUAUGGUCACAAAUUGAAGCUG